UGCGCCAUGUGUAGGAAAUACUGUCUCCGCUGUGAACCACCGUGUCGGUCGAUUACAGAACAAGCUUUUUAAAUUACAUGUAGGACGAUGCACGUGACCCAGAAAGUGAACAUAAAGGACAGCAAAAUAUUUCAAGGAUGCAGCGAGCAUAGCUGAAGGCUACACAAACUGUAGAUUCCUGUAAAACUGUGGUAAUAACGAUGUAGAGAGGGUGUCUGUUUCCAUUAACCAUGUGGAGAAAAUCAGUGAGUGCAAGCUACAGAUGUUUUGGGUGCACGAGUGUGGGACCAAAGGGAAUUUGGGGCUGCCAUGCAGUGCGUACGUGCAGUGCUCCAGCCUUACCUGCGGGCCAAAUCACAGCGCUUCAGGCCAUGGACUUAUGGAAGAGGCACUUUGAGGCUAGAGGUGUGAUGGAGCCUGACCACUCUAGCCACUAUAUCAUUGCUCAUUUGCUUGGGGCUAAAACUAUCGAAAGUCUUGAGCAGGGGAAGUUAACAGAGUUCCUCAGCCGAGAAAAAACAGAGCAUCUGUGGAAGCUCUGCACCAGACGUCUCUCCAGAAUGCCUGUGCAGUAUGUGAUUGAGGAGUGGGACUUCAGAGAUCUGACACUGAAGAUGAGACCUCCUGUGUUCAUACCAAGACCCGAAACAGAGGAGUUGGUUGAACUCGUGCUUACUGAUCUGGAGAUGAAGCCUGGGACUGGAGUGGGCGCAGACACUCAGCAAACAUGUCUGGAAGUGGGAUGUGGCUCUGGUGCUAUUUCUCUGAGUCUGCUGAAGAGUCUGCCUCAGCUUAAAGCCAUUGCCUUGGAUCAAAGCCAGGAUGCAGUGAAUUUAACAAGGGAGAAUGCGUUAAGGUUGGGGCUUCAGGACAGGUUACAGAUUCAUCAUCUAGAUGUUAUAAAAGAUGCAGAAACUGUGUUGAGCCUCUGUGGCCCUGUUUCAGCUUUGGUCAGUAAUCCUCCGUACCUGUUCUCGGAGGAUAUGGCGUCGUUGGAACCAGAAAUCUUUAGGUAUGAAGACCCCUCUGCUUUAGAUGGAGGUGGAGAUGGCCUAAAAGUGAUCAAACAGAUUUUGAUUCUGGCCCCAAGAAUUCUGUCAAAUCACGGCAGCCGUGUUUACUUAGAGGUGGACCCCAGACAUCCCCCCCUGAUUCAGCGGUGGGUGGAGGCGAACGUGGAAGAGCUGCGUUAUGUGGAAACACAGCACGACAUCACUGGCAGGCCACGAUUCUGCAUCCUUCAGAAAAGAGAAGUCAAACAAGGACCAUGAGCUGGAUCUGGAUUGAGAAACUGAGAUCCUAUUACGCUGGCUUUAGCCCAGGUCGCCACAGCCUCAGCUCCCCUACCCCCACUGAGCCACCAAGCAUGCGUCUGCGCUGAUUUGAUCUCGCAAAAUUCACAAUUUGCAGAAGCUGAAAUCACUUUCAUGUCACUGUUGCACUUUUAAUCUCGUAACAUUUGUGAUCACAUCCUGUGCCACAAUAAAAAUGUGUGUGAGAUGGCACAAAAGCAGGCUCAAAGCUGAAGGUAAUUACCGAGGCUUUUCUUAGAACCCUCCCUCUCAGAAUCUCACCCUCCUCCCAGGAAGCAUUCAGUAGUUCUGUGAAUCUGCUGAUGAACGGUCCUCCCCUUCGCCUGUCCACUCGCUGACUCAGAUGCAGGCUGUAUGCAUUGUUGAGCAAAAACACACACAGUGUGGCCUUUACUUCCUCACACAAUCUGUGAGUCUCACACACUUAAAGCUCAAAGGCCACGAAGUCUUUGUGUUUCAAAGGUGAUCGAAGGCGAAAAUAUUUCGUAACAAGUGUCACAAGAGCAGUCAUCACGUGGUGG